AUGAUAUUAAAAAAUAUUCCUUUCUUUCUAUACACAGAUGCUGUUGCUGAUGCAAAGAAAUCUCUCAAACUUAAUCCAAAUAAUUCUACUGCUAUGCUGAGGAAAGGGAUCUGUGACUACCAUGAAAAAAAUUAUGCUGCUGCUCUAGAAUCCUUUGCAGAAGGUCUGAAAUUAGAUAGUAAGUAUCAGAAUUAUACUUUAUAUCUGAAAAUGUGUUUUUUAAUGUUAACAGGAUCAGAAUCUGAAGUGACAACUCAUCAGCCAAAAAUCAAGUAUGACUGGUAUCAAACAGAAUCUCAAGUAAUCAUUACACUUAUGAUAAAAAAUGUUCAGAAGAAUGAUGUAAAUGUGGAAUUUUCAGAAAAAGAGCUGUGUGCUUUGGUGAAACUUCCUUCUGGAGAGGAUUACAAUUGGAAACUGAGACUUCUUCAUCCUAUACUACCAGAACAGAGCACAUUUAAAGUGCUUUCAACAAAGAUUGAAAUUAAGAUGAAAAAGCCAGAGGCUCUGAGAUGGGAGAAGCUAGAGGGGCAAGGAGAUGUGCCCAAGCCUGCACAGUUACCAGAUGUAAAGAACUCAUACCCAUCAUCAUCUCAUUAUACAAGAAAUUGGGAUAAAUUGGUUGGUGAGAUCAAAGAAGAGGAAAAGAAUGAGAAGUUGGAGGGAGAUGCAGCUUUAAACAAAUUGUUUCAGCAGAUCUAUUCAGAUGGCUCUGAUGAAGUGAAACGGGCCAUGAACAAAUCAUUUAUGGAGUCUGGUGGCACAGUUUUGAGUACCAACUGGUCUGAUGUAGGUAAAAGGAAAGUUGAAAUCAAUCCUCCUGAUGAUAUGGAGUGGAAAAAAUAUUAAAUAAAUUAAUUUGCUAUCA